ACAAUUCGUUCCAUUUGUUUAACGAAUCCAAAGAAUCAGAAUCCUAAAAAUCCAAAUCUAGAUUUACAAACGAAGCGCUCCUCAAAACGUUUUGAUGUUGUCCGAUUAAAAUCGAGCAACAAAAAUCGGUUAAAAAUGACACCGCACACACAACGAUUUUGUUAGUUUUAGCCAAACGAUUUUUAUCGGCCAACUAAAAUCGCAUCGUGUGCGCCAGGGCCGCCAGGCUUAAGGAUAUUAGAAGGAAUUAUCUGUAGCUUCUCAAAGUUGUAGACAAGAUAUGUUGUUUACGUCCAACCAUGGAUAAUAAAAUAAAUUUAUUUUAUUAUCCAUGGUCCAACUCACGCAUAAGAUUGCAUAACUCAAAAUGAUUCGAGCAAGACCGGUCUUUUGUUAAAAGGAAGAACGGUUAAUAGCAGUUUGUGAGAAAACUGGGGGUCUACGGAGUGGGAACUUUUCGGUGAUUUGCAUGAACUCGAUCAGCGUGUUCGAAAGUGUUAGUUCCCGUUAAAAUAUUUCAGUUCUAAGAUAUGCUUAAUUAAAAUCGUUUUCUAGGCACUUUUCGAGGUCACAACACAAGGACUAAGGCUUCCGAAAAACUAUCGAAUUUUUCCAUGAUGUUUUACAGAGAAACGUCACAGCUGCACCAAACGAUCAUAUGAUGUUUCUCGUGGAAAAAAUCGAUAUGUGGGGCGGCCUUAAAUAUUUAUAUAAACACGACAAAUAAAUAACUGUAUUAAUCGUUCUUCAUUUUUCAUAAACAUGUUACGUGUAUUUUUGUGCUUUAUUUUCUCCAGCAAAUUCACCGUAGAAGAAGAAGGUUCACCGACUAUGUCUUUUAUCAGUUUUGUGUUGUUUGGCUUCGUGUUGGUUCUCACAGAGCAUCUUGUUGCCUGUAACGUCGUUAGUAAGACAGUGUCGGAUGAAGUAGAGAAGAGAAAUGUUAACGUUGGUAUCCCGGUAAGUUGGUGUUACUUAAAGUCUAGAUCUGGGACUAGAACGAAAAAAUUUUGGAUUAUAGUCUGCCAACAGUUUGAAUAGUGUCAUCAUGCAGUGACAAUGCCGUGUAUUUCGUCUUAAUUAUUAAUGUUCAAAAACUCAUUGUUCCGACUAGACUAAGUGUGUGUCUUCAUGGCGUGGGAUAUAAUACCUACUGAUUUGUAUUUGUAAGGAAGUUUACAGAUUUCAAACUAUAAACAUAUUCUGGUUUAAAAUUGGUGCUCUACUGGUCGGACUUGUAUAAACGCUUAUAUCACACUUGCGUCGGUUUUCUUUGUUCGUCCGAGGUUUAUAACUAGCUUAUAGACCUUGAAUAAAUGAUUGGAUUAAACUUGUAGACAAAACACGAGAAUUUUUCAUUAAAAAUUUUUGAAAAUGACAAAAUAUGUUGGAAAACCUCCGCAAGUGUGAUAUUAGUUAUAAACCGAGUAAGUCGGUUUAUAACUGAUAUAUUGCCCCUCGGACGCUACGCGUCCUCGGGUCAAUAUAUCAGUUAUAAACCUCCUACUCGGUUUAUAACUCUUACAUACAGCUAAUUCAAAACAGGUUGCCCUUCGAGACGUAAAUCUUUAAAGUGCCUAUAUCAUGGUUUUGGAGUUUGCAUAUCUCGAAAGUUUAGGGUAUUUUAACGACACUUUGCAAUAUAUUUUGUUAUUGAAAAAUUUCAUCUUGAUGGAUUUAUUAGCUCUUAGUUCAUAUUUGUGCGGAUAUCUAUUGUUCUCAAUAGGGUUUUAUUUGGGUAAGAAUCUAAAAGCAAGGGGAGGGAUUUGAUAUCUCCACAGGGAAAAACGGGGUUGAUGAAUAGAAUUGAAUGCCUAAUUAAAAAUGCAAGGUAUCUAACUCCAUAGUGACCCCUUUUGGAGGUCACUAUGGAGUUAGAUACCUUGAAUUUUUAACCAAACUCAAACCCACAUCUCCUUUUCGACUAGAAAACGCUGCACGUCUCUGAGUCGAGAAAGAGACAACAGCCGUGUACCUCAAAGCCCGUCAAACUCUACCUUUGGGUAGAAUAUUUAUCAUUCGGUGCACGAGGACUAGCUGAACCGACCAUCAAACUUGCUUGUGAAAGGAAUUUAUACAGUAAUAUCUGCUCUUUCGCUUGUGGGACGCGAAAUGAUAUACUACGCAUGCUCAACCACAUUAAAGCGUGUUUAAUGCGCAUGUUCAACCUUAUUUCGUCCCACAACCUCCCAAGGACAAUAGAAAAUGGUCGGUCUUUCAUUGAAAUUCAAGCCUCGGUGCUGCACCCCUCGGUCUUGAAUUUCAAUGAAAGACCUCCCAUUUGGUUUUUAUCCUGCAAAUAAAACCCUGUUGAGAACAACUUGAGAAUCUCUGCUUCGACAAACCCGUACAAAUCUUCGUUAGCUCUUCUCGGUUGUAUGAGCUAUUUUAAACAUAUUUCAUCGUAAUUGUGGUUGGUGAACGAAUAUUUAAUCACUUCUCAUUGAUAGUAUACAGUAGUGCGACACGAGAAUUGAUGCAUAUCAAAAUAGCCCUGUUUGUUUUUAUUACAACCAUGGUAAUUCAAACUCAUUUAAAGAACAAUACAUAUCAUAAAGUGAAUUUCAUUGUGGGUCAAUCCUUACAAAUAUGAACUAAGUUAGUUAGAUACCUCAAACGUCGGCUCUUAGUCAGAUAAAUCCCUCGGGGCCUACGGCCCCUCGGGUUUGUAUCUGACUAAGAGCCUCCGUUUUCGGUAUCUAACUCUUACUUAAAGUUAUCGGACAUGACGUCAAAAGGACAAUUUUGUUGCAAUGAUACAAAGUGCCUUAAAAUGCCCUAAACCUUCGAGAUAUGCGAAAUCCAAAACCAUGAUAUAGGCACUUUAAAGAUGCUGUAAAGUCCGUAACGUAAACAAACAUUUUGUUUACGUUUUGAACUGCUAUAUUUGUAAAAUAUGAUACUAACCGCUGAAUAUCUAACAUGCACGUUUGUGGUUCGCUAUGCUUGUAAAUGAAUAUAAACUCUACGUUUCAAUUCAAAAAAGUUAGAAAGAUGCAUGCAAAAUUUGGGCAAUGUUUAUAUCUGUAGGUCCCCCUUUGUUAUGAGCAGAACUGAUGCGCAGAACGGUUAACGGACUUUACAGCCUCUUUAACCGAAAUUAACUCUACGCGCAAUACUUAAUCCAUCCAGACCAUAGUUGAUAUUGGCUGUAUCGGCAAGCGGUAUUUUGACAUUUAACUGUGACACUCUGUGUUUCAAAUCAAUGAAUAGAACAACCUCGUUCCCAGGCUUUUCCCUCUCUUCCCUGAGGGAAGAGCCUGGGAGCGAGGUUGUGUAUAGAAAAUCUCGUUCCCAGAGUAUGCCUGUUCGCGAACUAGGUAGUUUCAUGCCACUUCCUAACCCGCGAACAGGCAUAAUCUGGGAACGAGAUUGAUGUAUAGAGAGCUUUUUGUACCUAGUCACGUUUUUGACAACACGUACCGUCAACAGUAGAUCAAUUGAGCCUCUAAUAGAUGGCGAGUAAUAAAGACAGCCGCUCAAGUUUGUAAUCCCGUAGACCCGAACGUGAAACUUCAUUGACUGCCGUUCUUGAUUUCAAUCAAGACCUGGCUGCUGACUCCAUCACUCGCCAUCUGUAAUGUGUAAGGUUUAAGCUUUAGUUUAGAGUCUCAAAUAACAACCUUUUCUGAAUUAUGUGCAUAUAGCUUAUUUAUGAAUUGCAAAAUUAGUAUAGUAUAGGUGCAUGCCUAUAUGUCAACAGGUCUUGGUGAUUGUCUGCGUGUCUGUAUAUUCGUACAGGUCUACGUAGUUCUGCGUGACAUCUUUCUCACAAAUUAUGACAAUUUAUUUAUGACAAUUUACUUAUAAUAUAUGUGCUAUUCGCCAUGAUUCCCUAAACAGAAGUAGUCACCCCCUGGAAAUAUUCAAAAUGGCGCUGCGUGGGACAAAGCCAUGCCAUUUCCUGUUGGUGAUUACUUUUGUUUAGGUCGGUACUUGCUGAGUGACAAAUCAUGAAGAAUAGCGCUUACGAAAAAAUAACGAAGAUGGCGUUCUGUGUAUAUAGUAUUCUGUGUUUGUACUUUGGCACUUAUUGAAAUGACACGUGUCAAAUAAUUCACUUUUGCAUUUAGAAAGGAGGUUUGACGGUUAAUAUCGGACACGGGAUGCGUGACUUGAUCAUCAAUGGAAAUGGUGUUGGUAUCCAGGGAAAGGUUUGUGAAGAUUUAUUUACUUACCACACAAUUUCAUAUAGGAAAGAAAAGCACUGAAUGCAUGUAAUAAAUUUACGUGGAGGUUAGCAACUGUUGUUUUGAUUUGCCAGGCAGAGUUAAAACUGUUGCCUGUAAUUAGCAUGUUGUACAAUUUAUGCAUGAUACAUAACUUAAUAGUUAAUUCACUGGCGGUAUGUGCAAGCGCACCUUAUUUUCUAGAGACUUUUGGGAGACCCUCUAUUAUCUAUUGCCGACUAAGCUAAUUCCAAUAAUGGACAGGUUGGGAUAUUAGUUCACAACGUAUAAACUGUGAUUCUAGAAAAAAACCCCAGAUAACUAUCUAGUUGAUCAGUCAAUCGAUUAUGGACUGACGCAGAAUUUUGUAAUCUUUAUUUCAGACUGUAGUUGCUUUCCAAGCAACGCUGACAACAGGUAGAAUUGGACCUAACUACGCCAGCGGGGCCAUUAAAUUUAACGCCGUUACUCUGAACAUUGGAAACGGUUAUAACCCAAGCACUGGCAAAUUUACUGCACCUAUUGCAGGUUUGUACCAGUUUACUGUCUCAUACCUUCAGUACAAUGGCUACAGCUCUUACGUUAGGUUGAUAAAAGGGAGCAGUGUUGUCAGUGAUAUCCAUGCAAACCACAAAAACUAUGAUCAGCUAACGAAAACCAUUCUUGUGACUCUGACAAAGGGCCAAACAUUCUGGGCGAGGUUGGAGAGAGGUAGUAGCUACGCUGUAUAUGGAUCGGGACGAUAUACUCAAUUUGGUGGAUUCCUUCUUUCAACUGGCAAUUAUUAAUAAAACUUUACCAUGCAAAAUAUGCCUCACUCAGUUCACAAAAUACGUAAUCCUUAAUUAAAUUCUAGAACACCAGUAGUGGCAUAAAGGACAAUCGCGUUUAACUAAAUAUACUAAAUAUAGGACGAGUGCACGUUAGCUAGUAGUUGUAUUGCUUCAGCCUUUAAUUUCAAAAUAUUAAAUAACGCUUUCAA